CGAUUGUUUCCCGGAUGGUGCCAAUAUGUGCGAGCGUUGCUUCGUCAAUGGAGCCAAGCGCGAAGGCGAGAGCCACAAACUGGUGAUUACUCCAGUUGCUGUGGACUUCUCCAGGAACCCAUGGGUAGUAGGCGAUUACCACCGGCGACUAAAGGAACCAGAGGAGGUGCAACUGCUAGCGACCGGCCGGGUACAGGCCAUGGCCUGCGAUAUAUGCGACGGCCAGAUUGUCCAAGGCUGCUUUUACCGCGAGUUGGCCGCCCAUACUCCGUCUUUGCUACUAACCACAAUCCAGAUUUGGCGUGUCGUCCAUCUUCCAAAUACCCCAUGGAGCCAGACUGCUGCAACUGCGGCAGCGACGGUCCCGAUAUAUGCCAUUCGUGCUACAUCAGUGGAGUUCGCUGCAAGGGCCCGAUAUACCACGGCACUGCAGUUUUACUUCGCAGACGCCCUGGACCACUCCUGCCUCUCCAACAUUUGGCCGGUUGCGUGCCAGAGGCGAAGCCAAGGAUCGUUCCCACAUGAGAUGAAGGGACGAAUCAACUGCAGCCUUUGCGGGAAUCUCUUCAACGACGAUGCUUGUUUCUGGACAAGUACGACAACUUUGAAAUUUGUCGAUCAUGUUAUAGAGAAGGAGGAGGCUGCAACGAUCGCCACCAUCUUUUGACCUGCCACUCCCUGAGCUGAUGCCACGAAGGAGUGGGCGGCACUGCUUUUUGUCAAAAUCCCCAAGUGGACUUUCCUUCAUAGCUAAACCGGUCCUAGGCAGGAAUUCCCUUCUUUGGCCCUUUGAGAACAAUCCGAUGAUGCGUUUGGUGUUUCGAGCAUCACUGUUUCUGGAAUACCACGAAUUUUAAUUCUCCUUGCGCAGGCGUGGACAUCUUAGUUGGCGGUGAGCUUUAGA